UCUCCCACCUCGCCAACGUCGCCCACUAGCCCGGUCAGCCCAACGGGGUCUCAGUCAGAUAAAGCAAAGGCGGCGGCGGCGGCGGCUGCCCGUCUGCACCGGCCCAUCAUGCAGUCUCUACCGGACACGCGACAACAGUCGUUUGAUGAGAUUUACGGUCCGCCCGAGAACUUCUUGGAGAUCGAGGUCCGCAACCCCCGAACCCACGGUAUCGGCCGCCACAUGUACACCGACUACGAGAUUGUAUGUCGCACCAACAUCCCCGCCUUCAAGCUGCGGCAGUCGACAGUACGCCGCCGCUAUUCGGACUUUGAGUACUUCCGCGACAUCCUGGAGCGGGAGAGCGCCCGCGUGACCAUUCCCCCGCUUCCCGGCAAGGUGUUCACCAACCGGUUUAGCGACGACGUGAUCGAGGGCCGCAGGGCGGGUUUAGAGAAGUUCCUCAAGAUCGUCGUGGGGCACCCGCUGUUGCAAACGGGGAGUAAAGUCCUAGCUGCUUUUGUGCAGGACCCCAACUGGGAUCGUAACGCAUGGUGA